GCCAGCAUGUCUCCCAAGCGGUCUUACACCCAAAUGAGCAGCGGCUGCAGGUCUAUCCGCCCGCCAACGCUUUGGCCUCCCUAUCACCUGCGGCCCGUCGUUCUGAUUCGCCGUUACGGAACCUGCGCGCGCUGGAAACAGGGGUCUGCCGCCCCGUCGCCGUCUGCCUGACGUCGCGAGCUGCCAUUGCAUUCCGCCUGUGCCACUCGGCGCAGUCUGGACUGAACUUGAAGCGACCGCCCUACACGAGUACGGCAUGCGCGGAUAAGACGUUCAGACUGCAAUGUUCGAAUCUCGCCACGGCCGUCUGACGUCGCCAGGCC